AUGACUAAAGUAGGAAAUAGGAAAGCGUCACUUCUAUAUGAUGACCAUCAAGAUACAAUGUCAAUGCCUACUGUGCAAGCUUCCAUUACCCAACAAACUCCUAUUAACAAUACUCAAAAAUUGUCUAUUGAUGACAUGGAUAUGAUAGCUCUGGAUACAAGAUUUGACAAUCAAAUGAUGAUUGGUUCACCAAUGUAUAUAAGAAAUGAUGAAUCAGAGCAGCCAUUAGAAAUCAUAAAGACAAAGAAAGACUGUGAAUCAACCUCCAUACCAAAAGAAGCCUCAAAUUUACAACUUGAAGAAACCGAAAAUGAUUCUAAUGCAUUUCAAAAAAUAAAAUCAUUACGUGCCAAAUACAUUCUAUCAUCUGUACAGGAUAGCAAGUCCAAUAUAAAAAACAAUUUGGAUGAGUGGUUUUUAUACCCAAAACCAUUACCUAAAUUUUGGAGACUUGAAAAAGAUAAAAGAUUCUAUAAAUAUACUACAGAAACAGGAGGUGAUGAGAAUUCUGAAACAAGGUAUGCAUUAGAAAAGGGUUAUUAUUACCCAUUAGAUGAAGAUAGAGAAUUUUAUGCUUCAACAGCUCCUGAAGUUCUUCCAUCAAGCAAUAGUAAGGAUAUUACACCAUUCUCAAACGAAAAAUAUACCGGUCAAUAUUUUGAUAUCAAUCACUAUAAAGAAAAAUAUGAUAAACAUGUUGAAUUACAUAAAGCAGAGGCAUUGGAUUGGACUCCUGAUGACAUUCCAUCUUUUACUGAUUUUAAAAAAGAUUUCGAAUUUUUAGUCAAGACCAUUCAGUCGCCAGUAUUAAAUGAAAUAUCAGAAAAACGAUUAGAUUAUCUACUAGAUAAAUUCGAACUUUUCCAACAUCUAAAAUCUAAAACUGAAAUUUUAGAAAAUAAACGUGUACCAUAUAGGGAUUUUUAUAACUGUCGAAAAGUUGAUAGAAACUUUUUAUUAAGUGGAUGUGUACAUAGACGACAAUUAUGUGAUUUUAUCUGGGAAAAGAUUAAUAAUGAACCAGAUAGAAUUGUUCAUAAAUUGAAAUCAGGGAAAGAAAUAAGCUUAUUAAAUAUAUUUGAGUUUGGUUGUGAUCCCCAAGAGAAUCCAUCUGCAGUAGGCUUAAAAGUCAUUGACGAUGAAUUCCUAGAAUGGUAUCAAAAUAUAUAUUUAGGCAAUUAUCAUCUCCGCCCAUCUGAUGAAGCAGAAAAGCAAUUUAAAGGGAAACAACUGAAGUUUUAUUUGCUUGCUAAGGUUUUCCUUGAAUUUGAUAAUUAUAUGGAAGGUGAAUAUUUGGCAGAAAUUUUUAUUAAAUACGUGAUUAAUCAUUUAGAGACUAACAAAUAUUUACUAACACAGAUUUCUGUGGACUUCCAAUUUCAUAAAUUGGAAGAAAAAUCUUGGUGGGAGAGGUUUUCGAAUUGGAUAAUGAAGUGGAGAUUAGUAUCAUACAACGUUCGUUGGAAUGUUAGAAUAUCAAGGAUUUAUACAGAUCUUUUUAACAUAGGUAGAGUUCACACUUUUGAAAAUUUUCUCGAUAUUAUAUUCAAGCCUUUAUUUAAUAAAACAUUGGGGAAUGAUAUCCAAUUACAAUACUUUUUAGCCAAUAUUUGUUCCUUGGAUUUAGUUGUUGAGAAUACGGAUGCAUACAUCUGGAAAGAAUUUACAGAAGUAUGUACCAAACCUUCUGAAUGGAGUGCACAAGGCGAUAACCCACCUGUCGCCUAUUAUAUGUACUAUAUUUUUGAACAUUUGUCCAAAUUAAAUAGUAUUCGUCACUGUCAAAAGCAAAGUACGAUUACACUAAGGAGUGGUUGCCCAUCUGCUAAAAGCAGAACUUCUCAGUUUGGAAGAACUUUAUUUUUCAAUGAUCAAGUUGAAUCAUUGGUUUGUAAUUUGCUUUUGUGCAAUGGUGGUUUGCUGCAAGGUCAGCCAGUGUGGACAGCUCCGGCACCGUUACAAUAUUUAUUUUAUUUAUUCCAAAUUCCUGUUAUUUCUUCACCUUUAUCGUCCGUUUCUACAAUAGCCACCGAAAUCAACCCGUUAAGUACAGAAUUUGAUAUGAAUCUGAUCUCUAAUCAUCAACCUUCUAGAGACAUCACCACAAUUGAGAAGAGAACUUAUAGAAAAAAUCCAUUUAUGAAAAUGUUUCAACUGGGGAUGCCCGUGUCAUUAUCAUGUAAAUCACUGCUUUUUAACAAUUCAUAUACAUCUGAACCAAUUAUUGAAGAAUAUAGUGUGGCGGCAAGUAUAUAUUUACUAAAUGCAGCUGAUUUAUGUGAAUUAACGAGAACAAGUGUUUUAUGUAGUGGGUAUGAUGGUUGGUACAAAAAGCAUUGGAUUGGAGUUACUAUAUCACCAACACAGUUUGUUAAAGAGAGCAUUGGCUAUAUAGAUAACUGGUAUGAUAUAUCAGAUUCUAUAAAUGAUUUCGGAACUGCCAUUAGACACAAUGUUCCAAGAACAAGAAGAAUAUAUAGAAUAGAGACUCUGUUGCAAGAAUGGGACUUCAUUGAAGAACAAUAUUCAUAUUGCUUCUGA